AGAAGAAGUUACUGUAGGUUUGGUGUCUUGGAAGUAUGGAAUCAAUCUCUAUGAUGGGAAGUCCUAAGAACCUCAAUGAAACUUUUCUACCAAAUGUUGCCAAUGGCAUUAAGGAUGCCAGUAAGAUCACAAUAGGCAUCAUUGGAAGCGGAGACUUUGCUAAGUCAUUGACAAUUAGACUUAUCAGGUGCGGGUACCAUGUGGUCGUAGGAAGCAGAAACCCUAAACUUGCUGCUGAGUUCUUUCCCCACGUGGUUGAUGUCACUCACCAUGAAGAUGCAGUAGCAAAAACAAGCAUCAUUUUUGUAGCCAUACACAGAGAACAUUAUGCCUCUUUGUGGGACCUCAAACAUUUACUUGCUGGUAAAAUUCUGAUUGAUGUCAGCAAUAAUACAAGAGUAGACCAAUAUCCGGACUCCAAUGCAGAGUAUUUGGCAUCACUUUUCCCAGAUUCCCUGAUUGUCAAAGGAUUCAAUGUCAUUUCAGCUUGGUCACUGCAGUUAGGACCAAAGGAUGCCAGCAGACAGGUCUAUAUAUGCAGUAACCAUGUUCAGGCUCGCCAUCAAGUUAUUGAGCUUGCCCGUCAACUCAGUUUUAUUCCUAUUGAUCUGGGGGCACUGUCAUCUUCAAGGGAGAUUGAAAAUGUACCUCUGCGACUGUUCACACUGUGGAAGGGGCCUGUAGUGAUAGCCAUUAGUCUGGCAACGUUUUUCUUCAUCUAUUCCUUCGUCAGAGAUGUAGUCCAUCCAUACGUGAGAAAUCAGCAGAGUGAUUUUUACAAGAUCCCCAUAGAGAUUGUGAACAAGACUCUACCAAUUGUUGCUAUCACUUUACUUUCUCUAGUGUAUUUAUCAGGACUUAUUGCAGCUGCUUAUCAGCUUCACUAUGGUACUAAGUAUAGGCGAUUUCCACCUUGGCUGGACAACUGGCUCCAGUGUCGAAAGCAGCUUGGACUGCUCAGUUUUUUCUUUGCAACAGUGCAUGUGGCAUACAGCCUCUGCUUACCUAUGAGGAGAUCGGAGCGAUACUUGUUCCUCAAUAUGGCAUAUCAGCAGGUUCAUGCAAAUGUGGAAAAUUCUUGGAAUGAGGAAGAAGUGUGGCGAAUUGAAAUGUAUGUCUCCUUUGGAAUAAUGAGUCUUGGAUUGCUUUCUUUGCUGGCAGUAACUUCCAUCCCUUCAGUAAACAGUGCCUUAAACUGGAGGGAGUUCAGUUUUAUUCAGUCUACACUUGGAUACAUUGCUCUGCUCAUAAGUACUUUCCAUGUACUGCUUUAUGGAUGGAAAAGAGCUUUUGAAGAAGAGUAUUACAGAUUUUAUACACCACCAAAUUUUGUUCUUGCCCUUGUUCUGCCUUCCAUUGUAAUUCUAGGUAAGAUCGUUUUACUUUUGCCAUGUGUAAGUAGGAAACUGAGGAGAAUUCGAAGAGGAUGGGAGAAAAGCCAUGUUAUAGAAGAAGCAAGUGGGUCUGUUUCACAUCUCUCUCCAGAAAGGAUAACUGUGAUGUGAUGAUAGACUACUAUUUGUCAGCACUGUUGUAGAAGUUUGGGUGGGUUGUUUGUUUUGUCAUAGACUUGUACUUUUAGGACUUUAGUUAGAGUAUGAGUAAAGUCACUGUGGACUUGCUUGGCGUAUAGUACAAGCUCUCAACCAAACUAUGAUAAAUUUAUAACUAGAAGACUACUACUUCAGAAAACUAUGAAAAUGUUUUUGUUUUGAAUUACAGAGGGCAAAUGAUUAUGAAAUCAGAAUUUUUUUAAUGCUCCUUUGCACAGUUAUAUCACAUCAAUAUUGUAUUAUAACCAUGCUUUCCAGAUAUUUCUUUGACUUAGAGCAUAUGUGUCAGAGUGCUAUUUAUUAAUACCACGUUUUCUGGGCAGUGUUUGUUUUAUUAAAACCACACUUUUGAGUUAGUGAGUUCAGAAUAUGGACUAAUAGAGUUAAUAAUUUAGAAAAUAAUCAGGUUUUUGAAGCAAAUUAAUUUGUAAUGAUGUACUGCACAUGUACAGUACAUUUAUUUGUGUGUAGUUUUACACCAUUCCAUGAUCUGAAUAUCCAAACCCAGGUUCAGUUAUGGUGUCAUUGUACCUCUUGUAAGCAAAUGGUAUUGUACUAAUGGGAUUGUUUUUUUCAAAGUAUCACAUAGGAUUUUAGACCUUUGGCAUCUCUUUAUUUCCAUACAUCAUAUAAUGAAAAUUCAAAACAGUGUUACACAUGUAUAGAAAGACUUGCACAUAUGUGUGCAAGCACCUAGUUUUUGAUUUUAAAAUUAUUUCAAAAUAUCAGGAAAUACUUU